AUGACGACAAAGCCGACACAAUUGAGCCGCGACCUGUGGAUCGAUUCGCGACAGACAAGCAUUCCCAUCACCCUGGUAAAGCCUGUCAGCGGCAACCAGCCUGCGCCACUGGUUAUCCUGAUUCACGGUCAUGGCGGUACGCGCCACGAGGCAGGCGGUUUCACCCAGGUCGCCCAGGCGCUCGCGCAACAGGGCAUUGCCAGCGUACGCAUGGAUUUUCCAGGUUGCGGGGACAGCAAAGAGUCUUUUGCACAAAACAAUUUAUCUAACAUGUUGGCGGACAUUGCCGCCGCACAUCAAUACGCUGAAACAGAACUGGCCAUCGAUUCGAGUCGCAUCGGCGCACUGGGGUUCAGCAUGGGUGGCCGCCUGGCUCUCCUGUACAGUCAGGCGAUGCCAGUCAAAUCCAUGGCUUUGUGGGCACCCGCGGCCACUGAUGGCGCGGUUUCACUGGUCGAGAUGUUUGGCGGCCAAUCCGGCUAUGUGCAAAUGAAAAGGCGAGCAGAGCAGGAUGGCGCCGUACCAUUCACAACCUCAUGGGGGCAGCAACAGCUUCUCGGGCACCAGUUUUUUACCGAUAUUGAAAACUCACAACCCAGCUCUGCCAUCAAGCAGUUCAGCGGCAACCUGUUCGUGUUGUAUGGCAGCCUGGACCAGGUGGUGAAGCCCUCUGUGCCGCAAGCUGUCUAUCAACAGGCAAUACAGGCCCGCGAUUGGCACACCUGCCCAGACGCGGUAGUCUUCUUCCAGGAAAGGGGAGACAUCAUGAGAGACGUUGUAUCUAUACCAAUGAUCUGGGUGGCAUCAUUGGUGGCUGCACUAACGGGACUACUUACCCCGAGUCACGGUUUUAGCGCCCAGGCCGGCUCAGAGUUUGGCGAUUUAUACGCAGCCAAUUGUGCGGUAUGCCAUGGAGAGAAACUCGAAGGUGCAGCUCAAGGGGCACCUCUGCUUGGGGUUGAGCUUAAACACGGCCAGAACGUCGAGCAGCUGAUCACAAGCAUCAGCGACGGUUUUCCAACACAGGGUAUGCCUGCCUGGAGGGAUACACUCACGCUGCAGGAAAUCAAAAGUCUGGCAUUGUGGAUAUCUGAAAAUCGCAGCGGGUUGCUGUAUUCAGACUUUAAAAUAGACAGCGAACUGCAAAUCCCGGCAGCUGUGCAGCACAGCGAACAUCACAACUUUGUCAUCACCACGGUUGCAGAGCAUAUCGAUCCACUGCCGUUUUCCAUCGCACCCCUGCCAGAUGGACAAAUCCUGGUAACAGAAAAAAUGCGCGGUUUGCGCAUCGUCUCCACCGACGGCAGUUUAUCUCCGCUUAUCACCGGCACACCGGCAACAUACGGCGAUGCGCGCACCGGCGGGGGUGGUUUGGAAUAUGGUAUGGGCUGGUUGCUGGAUGUUGCUUUGCACCCGGACUACGAGAACAACGGCUGGGUUUAUCUACACUACACCGAUCGCUGCGAAAACUGUAAUGACAUCAGUCGGGAAAUGCAGCGACCCGUGUCUAUGAAUGCACUUGUCAGAGGGCGAAUAGAAGACAAUCGCUGGGUAGAUGAACAGAUCAUAUGGAAAGCAGAUCUGGCCUACUACUCACCCGCCUCGGACGUGGCCGCUGGUGGCAGAAUAGCAUUUGAUCCGGAUGGUUUUGUAUUCCUCAGCAUCGGCAUGCAGAGUAUUGAUCUGAUUCAGGAUCUGAGCGCGCCGCACGGCAAAAUUCUGCGCCUGCAUGAUGAUGGACGCAUACCUGCAGAUAAUCCUUUUAUUGACCACCCAACAGCCAACAAAGCCAUCUGGAGCUACGGUCAUCGUUCGCCCCAGGGUCUUGAGUUCGACCCGAUUGAACGCAAACUGUGGGAAACCGAGCAUGGACCCAGGGGUGGUGACGAGGUUAAUCUGCUGCUGCCCGGUCACAACUAUGGGUGGCCAGCGUUUUCCAAAGGACAGAACUACAACGGCUCACAGGUCAGCUGGGGCAAGAAACAGGGCAUUGAGCUGGAGCUCAAAGAUAUUGAUCAACCCGUGGUGGACCUGACUCCCUCCCCCGCAGUUUCAAGUUUUGUGCUCUACGAAGCAGCUGCUUUCCCAGCCUGGAAACACCAGUUCCUGGUCGGCUCCCUCAAAGCAGCUGAUGUUUAUCGGCUGAAAAUAGUGGACAACAAACUGAUUGAGCAGGAGAUGCUGAUCAGGGAUCUGGCGCGGAUACGGGAUAUUGAAGUAGACCCCAACGGCCAUAUUCUGCUGCUUCUGGAACACGCCAGCGGCGGCAGAAUUGUGCGUAUCAGUCCUGCAACGGAAGGUCAGCAGACGGCUGCGGCUGCACCACCUGCUUCGUCGGAGAAGAUCAUGGGGCGAAUUGAAGGGAAAGUUGCGAUCAUCACAGGCGGGGCAUCGGGUAUCGGCCGAGGCUGUGCAGAGCGUCUCAGUGCUGAAGGCGCAACCGUUGUGGUUACCGACAUUGAUACCACCCUUGGUGAACAAACCGUCGCAAACAUCGUUAAAGCCGGCGGCAAAGCUGAGUUUAUAAAACAUGAUGUCACCAGCGAAAGUGAUUGGGUGGAUGUUGUUGAGCAAACUGUUGCCCGACAUGGUGGCCUGAACAUACUUGUGAAUAACGCCGGUAUAGGUAUCGGCGGCAGUAUCGUGGACAUGACCCUCGAAGACUGGCAGCGCCAGCAGGCUAUUAACCUUGACGGUGUUUUUCUGGGCAUAAAAUACGCUAUCCCAGCUAUGCGCGAUGCGGGUAGCGGCUCAAUCAUUAACAUGUCUUCGGUUGCCGGCCUGAAAGGCGCUGCGAACCUGGCUGCCUACAACGCAACCAAAGGCGGCGUACGCUUGUUAACCAAAGGUGUCGCUCUGGAGUGCGCACAAUCCCGCUGGCCAAUCCGGGUGAAUUCAGUACACCCGGGGGUCAUCGAUACACCCAUCUGGACCAAGGUUAAUCCUGAAUAUUUCGAGGAAGGAGAAAACGCCGUAGACGUUGAAGCCAUGGCCACACUCGGGGUACCCACUGGCGAGGUCGGUUAUCCGCUGGAUAUCGCAAAUGGGGUGUUAUUUCUGGCCAGCGACGAGUCGAGGUAUAUCACAGGCACAGAACUGGUUAUCGACGGCGGGCUAUCAGCGUAA